CAGCGGCCAUUCCUUCCUCUAGGGUACAGGGUCCAGUUACCCCUUCGGCAUGCUGGUCAUGCCCUCCCAAACAUCGCGUUUUAUUUUUAGCUAUUUAUUUGGGCUCACCAGCACGUCAUCCAACAACCUCUCAUCGACGGGUUCAUGCCCAACUCUUCACCCCCAGAAGUCGGACACGGCCGAGGAUGUGCCAAAUCAAGCUCCUGCCGACUUCCAGUCCACAGAAGACAGAAGGCAGCGAACACAAACCAAUGAAAGAUGGAGGGUAUAUAGGGCUGGUCGAUACGACGACAACGAUAUGCCUCCGCUCGGUACUGUCGGAGAUUCAGAUGACGAGGAGGAUUAUUCUCGGCCGUGGCAUUCAGCCCGUGACUACGAGUACACACUAGCAUCCCCACCCCCCAGCAGUUCGGCCAACGACGACAACGAGAGCACUGAUGGCGCCGAACACACUGGCAGCGAAUCUGAUGGGGAGAACAGCGAGACUGAUGACGACACAGCCUCUGAUGUCAGCGAUGACGAGGAUGGCAACGACUCCUGGCCUGAACUGUCAGGCGAUGAUGCUGGUGUCAAUGAUGUCGACGAUGAUGAUGAAUCAAACAGCGACGAGGAGCCUGUGCACGGCGAAGGCACGGCAGGCCAGACCAGCUCCGACAAGGCAGAGCUCACGCGUGGCGAGGCUGCAGGCUCACCUGAGCCUGGCGCUGACUCCGAGUUGCAGUCUGCCCAAUGGGAAGCCGAAGACGUCUAUCCGCAGCGCCGCCAAGACCUUCGGCAUCGCGCCGUCCACUCUGAACGACCACUGGAAUGGGAAGAAGUCGCGUGUCGAGGCGCACAUCCCACAGCGCAAGUUAAACCCCGCGGAGGAGGACGUACUCGUUGAGUGGCUCAAAGAGGUCGGGCGGCGUGGUAUGCCGCUCACGCAAGAAGCUGUCGUCGACCAUGCGUCGGCAAUUGCAGGCGUCCCCAUCGGAACAUCGUGGUAUCGCCGCUUCAAGAAGCGCCAUCCGGAGUUGGCAGUUCGCUGGGCGACGAAGCUUCAAGCCUGCCGCGCAAAGGCCCUCAACCGUCCGAAGGUCAC